GGCAGCAGUUGCUCAUGGGCUCUGCCUUUCGACGGUACUUGGAACGGUUUUCUGGGUGAGAGGGGCAUGCGCCAGCCGGGGAGUGUGCGCUGCCACUGAACGUGGCAUUGUCGCUGCUUUAGUGUCGACAGUUGCGUGGAGACAACCGUUGAAGUUGGUCUGGCCUUUUUGGGGCUUGCGAGGAUUUUCCCAAAAUAAUAAUCCUUGUCGCAUCUCUCUCUCUAUUUCUUUGUGUAUCAGAAUUCAGGGGUUCUUGUUCUGUGUCCCAGUGAAACUGUGUUGGACUCUAUGGAGGGCAUCUCUGUGGCGGUUUAUUUUUCUUUUUAUUUUUUGGGUGAUAAGAGAACGGAUGAAGAACGCCGCAUGAAAGUGUAAUGAGUGCGGGAGUGUAUCGAUUUGUAAAAGCAUAGGAAAAUAAACCAAGCAAGUCCCAGAGAAUAGGAGUCCUUUUUUGCCGGAGCUAACACAGGAAAAUUAUGUGCUGUGAAUACAAUUGGGGUGCACAAACGACCUUCCAUGGUAGCUUGACUUGCUGAGGGGUGAAAUAUUUUUGAGCCCUUCCCCCCUCAAAUGGUGUAUCUUUUUGUGCAAAAAUCGUGAGUGGAUUUUGUAGAGAAGAGUGAAGACCUUAACAUUUGAAGAAUUCUGUCCCUACUCUUCAAGGAUAUAGCGCUAUCUUCUCAAAUCACAUUCCACUGCUGAAUAUCUUAAAGUUGCCACCAUACCCUUCGGAAUCCCUAUAGCAAAGUGAGGGGUGGUAGUUUGUGCAGAAGUGAAAGAAAUCAACCCUCAUAAGUGCAUGGAGAAAUUGCAUCAGAAAACUUGGUUGAAAGUGGCAAAAUCACGUCUCUGAGAUCUCUUAUUGAUUCACCCACGGAGCAUCCCCCACAUCAGUGCUGAAUCUCAAACAUUGACAGAGUCAAAAGUGUGGAAAGGCAGUAAAAAGACAAAGAUUUAAAAAAUGCCUGGGAUUGUAGUGUUCAAGCGAAGAUGGUCCGUUGGAUCGGAUGAUCUGGUUGUGCCAGGCGUCUUUUUAGUAACAAUUCACACCAUUUGGAUAUUCAUCCUCGCUCUAGUUCUAGGCCUCAUAGAAUAUGACAAUUCCGUGCGAUGCAUAGAAUUGAUGUGGCUGUAUAAAAUAGGAUAUGUUGUUGUAUUAAUUGUUUCUUUGCUCGUGGAAGUAACAAUAUGUGUAAUCUCAAUGAGAGGAAGUAUUCUGGAGACAAGUCUCCGGACAUCGAUGAAUUACUGGGUAUAUUUAAAGCUACUUGUGAUAUUAAUAGAAAUUGCAUGGCUUGCAAUGGGUAUUGUUUGGCUCAAGGAGUUCUACAUGGACUGUCCGAUAGCUGAAGCCAAAGAAGUGAUGUUCGGUCUAAUAGUGUGCAAUUUUGUUGUGGUAUUUGUUAUAAUUGGCACCAUUUGGUGUACUUUUGAUACGGCUGGUAGGUCAUGGGUCAAGAUGAAGAAGUACCAAAGAUCCAUGAAGGAGUCCGAAUCUCGCUUCAAUUACCGUCGAAGUGGGAGUAGAAAUAGAAAUUGGCGCCAACGAAAGGUCAUUAGGGCUUAUCAGGAUAGUUGGGAUCAUCGAUGUAGGCUCCUAUUUUGCUGUAUGGGAUCUUCUGAGCGCAAUAGGAACUCCUUCACGGACAUCGCACGAUUGCUCAGUGAUUUUUUUCGAGACCUCGAUGUCGUACCAUCGGAUGUAGUGGCUGGUCUGGUGCUACUGCGGAAAUUCCAAAAGCUGGAGCGAGAGGCAAUAGUUAGACAGCGAAAGAAUGGGACUUUUGAAUUUCUCAGUGGAGCAGCCAUUACGGAAAAGACACAAUUUCUAGCUUUAAAUGAUAGUCGUGAUUAUGAAUAUUUUCAAACGGUCAUCCACUACAUGUACUACGCCCAGAGUGCCUACGGCUGGCCCAUGUACGUGAUGGCACAUUCAGCCACGGGAUUAUGCCAACUCUGCUCCAGUCUCAUUUGCUGUAUGGCCUGCUGCAGACCUCAAGAUCCGGCUGAGAUCAUCAGCGACAAUUGCUGCCACUGCAACUAUGCUGCUUUGAGAAAAAUGACCCCAAGCGCUGAGAUUGAUGUCAUCUACGUCACUUACCAUGUUGAUGUAGGUGAGACACCCUUCUUCGUGGCCAUUGACUACACAAAGCAGAAAGUUGUAAUCAGUAUACGUGGCACUUUGAGCAUGAAGGAUAUCUUGACUGAUUUAAAUGCCGAAGCUGAGUGUCUGCCACUUCAUCCGCCCCGGGAGGAUUGGCUAGGCCACAAGGGCAUGGUUCAAGCUGCUGUAUACAUCAAACAGAAAUUGGAUGAGAAAAAUCUCAUUCAAAAGGCACUGCAUCACAAUCCCCAACGGAAUACUCCGUCAUUUGGUUUGGUGAUUGUGGGCCACUCGCUGGGCGGAGGAACAGCAGCAAUUCUUGCCAUACUCCUGAAAAAUGACUAUCCCUCUCUUCAGUGCUUCAGCUAUUCGCCUCCUGGUGGAUUAUUGAGUAUGCCCGCUGUUGAGUACUCAAAAUCCUUCAUAACAUCUGUAGUGGUGGGAAAGGAUGUCGUUCCGCGAAUUGGAUUACAUCAAAUGGAAGCACUCAGGGCAGAUUUAAUUAAUGCUAUUAAACGAAGCAUCGAUCCAAAGUGGAAAACUAUUGCCUGUUCAGUAUUCUGUUGUGGCUGUGGCCCAGAACCAACUUCCGUCUCCCAAAUGUCCAGCCGAGAUGACAAUAUUAAUGCCUAUGAAGAGCAAAGGACGAGUGCAAGGAAUACCAGUGCUCAUCCAAAUGAUAGUUCCAUUGCCCUCACUCUUCAUCGACCCAUGUAUCCACCAGGAAGAAUAAUUCAUAUCGUCAGACAUCAUCCUACCCCUGACGAGCACAAGUACGAGAAGGGUUGGAGACAAUUGCUGAAGAAGAGAGAGCCUGUCUAUCAAGCAAUAUGGGCGAAGAACACUGACUUCGAUGAAGUCCUCAUUUCACCUGUAAUGUUCAAGGAUCACAUGCCCGACAAAGUGCUGGCUGCCCUUAACAAGGUUGUAACGUCUCAUGGACCACGUAAGCCACAACGUCAGCAUUCAAACAUAAAUCCCUCCACAGCGGCCAUGGACAUACCGGAUGGCAAUCACUACAAUCACCGACCACAGAGUCCGGUGUCGCACAAAGUUUGCCUCGAAACGUCCUUUACCAGUCUCCAGAGUCCUGCCGAUGCACCUCCGUCCAGCAAAGGCUCCUCUCUGGCAGGUAGCUUUCUGGGCAGAAGCCUUGAUGCUUCGAGUCUGCUGGAGGACAGUGGUUUGGUGAGGAGUAUGUCGGGUCCGGCAAGUGAGGCCACAACUGUGCUUCUUGCAGAACCUCGCAAAAAUGUGGCCUUUGAUACUACCAAGCAAGGAAGUGCACCAUCACCGGCACCCACAGUUCUGGCCUUUCCCCGUGGCAUUCUUCAGAAACCCGGUCUUCCCAGGAAACCCGUUAGUUUAUCCUUUACGGAGGGACGUCGAACGCCAUCGGAUGUGGUGAAAAAGAUUGAUCUCAUUCACGAUGAUUGGUUCGGAUUGGCACCUCUGGCUAGUCCAGAAAGUCUCUCUGAAGUGUCCAGCAUUAGUUCACGUGCAAGUUUGGCUGCUAGUCUCGCAACGAGUAUCGAGAAGUGCCUGGGAGGUAUAAUUCAGACUCAGAAGGAUGAACCUUUGAUAGUUGAGGAGAUGCAUACGCCACGGAUUAUGAGACGAGCCCCUAAGAUUACAGGAAAUCUGUCCACAUGUGCUGAUGAUUGGAAAAAUGUUGAGCAGUACAAGAGGAUGGGUCAGGUGUUUGUAACAUUUCCCCGAUUGCCUUCCACAAAUACCAGCAGUUCCAGUGAUGAUCAGACCUUUGGUUCUGUGGACUCUGCAAAUGGCCUGGGACACUUGAACUUUGCCCCUCCUGGAGGUACAAUCAUCAAUCACGAGAGUUCAAAGUCUGCAGACAAUAUUGAUGACAAUGGUGGUGAGAUGAUGAACACUGCUAAGCUCACGAUGAGCGACAGUGCCAUACUGGAUACUCCUGGCAAGUCUGUUCCAGCCAAUCAGUCCAUUACUCAAUAUCAACGCGUAGUCACAGCCAGCUCCAGCGACACCUUUCACAGUGCAAUGUCCUCUUUAUCUGCCCUGGAACCUGUUAAACUUCGCUCUGGAGUUCUAGAAUCGCACUUCCCUGUAUUUGCUGAAUGUCCAGAGACAUCGGAUCAGACUCAAUUGCUCAUGGACUCUCCUCGACGGAAGUCUCCAAGUCGCAUCAUGUGCAAGAAGCGCAAUACUCCCAACGAUAAGAUUUUCGCAAAGAAUGAAUCGCUGCCUCUGCUAGCGAAUCUCGUGGAAAAGUCCAGUCCCACGAAAUUCGUGAAGCGGAAAGCAUGCGUCUACCCCAUGUCCAGCUCACCUCAUAAGGGAUUUCCGUCAAUUUGGAGCAUGAUGGAUUUUAGGCGAAAACAAAUUUAGUGAGUGCAAUUCUAGUAAAGAUAAAAAAAAACAGAAUCUCUUGUAUUUAUGAAUAAACUAGUCUGAAUUGAAAUUGAA